AUGUCGUCGUCGACGUCGUCUUUGUGGGCGACGGAAGCUGAGUUCGCGAAGGACGCGAAGGAGAUGGAACGGUUGAAGAUGAUGGUGAAACGCACCGUGGACGAGGCGAAGAAGAAGAAGAAAAAGAAGUUAAAGAAGAAGAAGAAAGGAAUCGAUGUUGACGGCAAAAUGGCUACUAUCUCGACGGUGAAAGUAAUGCUUAAAGGCGAACGCGUGUUCUCUCGUCACGCGAUGAAAUCGUUUGAAAGAAUAGAAUCGCGAGACGGGAACAUCGAGCGUGCGUUUGGCGAAAGACGAUUGAGGAAACUGUACGGGCGCGUCGCGAAGAGCGACGAGAAAAAGAAAGGGACGACGAUGGUUGAGGUGCACAUAGAUCGCGUGCAAGGUUAUUCCGACGCCGACGAAGAGAGCGAUGUCGUCGUCGUCGGAUGCGUCGACGCGUCUUCUACCGGCUUGGGCGUCAAAUUUGAAGAUACCCCGGAGUUUCGAAACGAAAUGCGUCUGCGCGUGGACGCGAACGACGUCAUCGAAGGCGUUCAUCAUCCUUUUGUGUUUGUUCAGCUCGAUAGUUUAGUCUCUUCGUUCGGUUCGGAGUGUCGUUUCGAGUGUUACGACGCGAGAAACGAUUUCGAGCCGCUCGAUUUUGAGAUUGUGUACUAA